AUGUCUUUACUCGAGGAAGGAGGCCUGGGUCAAUGGAGCCGACAGAUUCCUGUGAAUGGCUUUGAUCUCCUGACACAGCUGACAGAGGGAAAUCUGCAAAAAACCGGGGUCCCAGAAUUCACAGCCAAAGAGGCGAUGAAGAAAAUUGAACUGUUGCGUCAGGGUCUUUGGGCACAAGUAGAGCCCCCUCGCAGAGAACUUGCCUUGGACACCGUUGCUGAGAUUGGCAUCAAAGGUGACUGGGAGCAGGUUAUUGCAGAUGAAGCCUGCCGCUCCUACGCAGCAGUGUGCCGUCAAGCCAUUGAUAGCGACCUUGCUUGGCAGUGGUUUGAAUGGUUGGAGACUCGACUGCCAUGGCAGGACCCUACAGACACCAAAUAUCGGGCAGAUGGAAAAGCGAUCCCAAGACGGACCAUUUUCUCAGUUGCAAAAGGCUGCAAUUGUACAUAUAAAUACUCUGGAGUUGCAGUCAAACCCUAUGUCGAGCCUGACUGGUUGGCUGAGAUUCGGGAAAAAUGCGUGGAUAUUGCAGGCUUGGAUGAGCAGCCCAACUCUUGUAACAUCAACCUUUACCGAGAUGGUAAUGAUCAAGUGGGUUGGCACACUGAUGAUGAGCCUCUUUUUGAAGGUGAGUACAAUGAUAUUUGCAUUUUGAGCCUGUCAUUAGGCUCUUCCAGAACCUUUCAGCUGAAGAAGAAGGGUGUCAAAGGAGUCGCACGGAACGAAGCGACCUCGUCCUUCGUGGUGUCCCACGGUGACCUUUGCACCAUGGAAGGCCGCUUCCAACGUCAUUACCUCCAUGCUGUUCUCCGAGAACCGGAGGUGGAAGAACCCAGGAUCAACCUCACGUGGCGCUUCAUCACCAAGCACAAUCAUGACGAUGGUUGCACUCUCCAUGGUCCUGGAAACUAAUGGAAACCUCAGCUCCAACUGCAUUCAAAUGCAUUCCAUGGAUCAAAAAAGAUCCUGUUCAGCAGCAUUUUCCGUAUGCAGGAACGGCAGAAAAACACUGCACUUGCCAAGCGCAUUGUGGCC